CAGGCCGUCAGAGUCUCUCGAGUUUUGGUUCUCUACUCUUAAUACCCAAUCUUGCUCUGCGCUUGCACUCACGGCUCGGGUCUGAGAGCGCUGUGUAAUCGUACAUUCCCCGCUUCCAACCCUCAAUCUCUCCGAUUGAUUAGCGAAAUAAGCAGCAUGUUGCAUCUCUCCCCGAUCGCGGGUUUACCCUUGAUGCGAAUAGCGCGUCCAAGCAUCGCUCCGUCCGGUGAGUCAUCUACUCUCCUCUCCCGCCGCCGAUUACACGCAACUGAAUCGCAACGAGCCUCCGCACCGCAUUUCGACACUUUCAAUCUAGUUGCGCGGCUCGAAGCGUCGGGCAUGCCAAAGCAACAAGCGGAUGUGCUAGCAGCCUCUCUGACCGACGUCAUCAAUGAGAGCAUUGAUAAUCUUGCGAAAGGCUUGGUUAGCAGAGAAGAGGGUGAGAAAUGGCGAUAUACGCAAAAAGUCGAUUUUGCGCGGUUAAAAUCCGAGAUGCAGCUGCUCGAGCACAACGACUUUGCAUUGAUGAAGACCGAGAAUGAGCGGCUCAUGGCCGAUAUCGAGCGUCUGAAGCAGCGCUUGCGCGAGGAGAUCACACGCACGACUGCUGGUGUACGGCUUGACUUGAACUUGGAGAAAGGGCGCAUCCGAGACGAGUCCUCCGUUCAUGCACUUAAAAUAAAGGAAGUUGACACGCGCAUUGAGUCCGAAAUCGCUGGUCUACGCACAAGCAUUCAGAGUGCCAAGUUUAACGUCCUACAGUACCUUGUCGGUGUGGCUACGGGUAGUGCUGCACUACUCCUUGCGUAUUUGAGGAUGUUCCGGUAGACCAUCUUUUCUUCGGUUCGAAUGAUAGAAGGACUCGAGGCAGUUCCGAUGAUACGCUACAUUGUUGU